CAUCUCUUUUGUGUAUCUCACCAGGAGAGGAUGCCACAGACUCCUCCCUUUGCAGCUAUGUUUGACAGCAGUGGCUACAACAGGAACCUCUAUCAGUCCAAAGAGGACAGCUGUGGAGGGCUCUAUUACCAUGACAACAACCUUCUCUCAGGGUCCCUGGAAGCUCUGAUCCAGCACUUGGUACCCAGUGUAGACUACUACCCUGAUAGGACAUACAUCUUCACCUUCCUUCUCAGCUCACGCCUCUUCAUGCACCCCUACGAGCUGAUGGCCAAAGUCUGCCACCUGUGCACGGAGCAGCGCAGACCGAGCGAGCCUGGCCCAGACAAGAACUGGAUACGAAAAAUUGCACCCAAAAUCCUGCAGCUGUUGACUGAGUGGACAGAGACCUUCCCUUAUGAUUUCCGAGAUGAGAGAAUGAUGAGGAACUUGAAGGAGUUAGCACAAAGGAUAGCCAGUGGUGAUGAGCAGAUGUACAGGAAGAAUGUACAGCAGCUCCUGCAGAACCUGCUCCGGAAGCUCGCCACUGUUGGCCAGUACGAGGAAGUACUUGCAAAAAUUAAUGCCACAUCCAAAGAUCACCUCACACUUCUGAAGGCCAGGCCCCAGACCAUCCAGAGGGACAUCAUCACUGUCUGCAACGAUCCCUACCUGCUGGCUCAGCAGCUGACACACAUAGAGCUGGAGAGACUCAAUUAUAUUGGGCCAGAAGAAUUUGUCCAGGCAUUUGUGCAAAAGGAUCCUUUGGAUAAUGACAAGGGAUGCUACAGAGACCAAAAGAAGACCCAGAAUCUGGAAGCCUAUGUGGAAUGGUUUAACAGGCUCAGUUACCUGGUUGCAACAGAAAUCUGUAUGCCUGUGAAGAAGAAGCACAGAGCAAGAGUGAUAGAAUAUUUCAUUGAUGUGGCACGGGAAUGUUUUAACAUUGGCAACUUCAACUCCUUAAUGGCCAUUGUCUCUGGCAUGAACAUGAGUCCUGUGUCUCGGUUAAAGAAGACUUGGGCCAAAGUCAAGACGGACAAAUUUGAUAUUCUUGAGCAUCAGAUGGACCCUUCCAGCAAUUUCUAUAACUACCGAACUGCUCUGCGCGGCGCCGCUCAGAGGUCCCUGACAGCUCACAGCAACAGAGAGAAGAUUGUGAUCCCUUUCUUCAGCCUCUUGAUCAAAGAUAUUUACUUCCUCAAUGAGGGUUGUGCCAAUCAUCUUCCAAAUGGCCAUGUCAAUUUUGAGAAAUUUUGGGAGCUGGCAAAACAAGUCAGUGAGUUCAUGACGUGGAAGCAAGUGGAGUGUCCUUUUGAAAGGGAUCUGAAGGUUCUGCAGUACUUGCUCACUGUCCCAGUCUUCAGUGAUGAUGCACUUUACUUGGCUUCCUACGAGAGCGAAAGUCCCGAGAACCACAUUGAAAAGGACAGAUGGAAGACACUCAGGUCAGUGCUGCUGGGCAGAGUCUAG